AUGAAGAAAAAGUAUCAAGGUUCUACUAGAGUGAAGCGUGCACAGCUUCAAGCCUUAAGAAGAGAUUUUGAGACAUUAGCAAUGAAGGAUGGUGAAUAUGUUUUUAGUUAUUUUGCAAGAACAAUGGAGAUAAGCACCAGGAUGCGAUUCCAUGGAGAGAAGAUGAAAGAUGUCACCAUUGUAGAAAAGAUUUUGCAAUCCCUAACACCAACAUUUGACUAUGUUGUCUGUGCAAUUGAAGAAUCCAAAGAUUUAGAUGCACUUUCCCUUGAUGAAUUGCAAAGUUCCUUGUUAGUACAUGAGCAGAAGAUGAACCGAAGUUCAAAUUUGACAGCAGAAGAGCAAGCUUUGAAGGCUUCUACCAACACUCAUUCCAUAGGUAGAGGAAGGGGUAAAGGUAUAGGCAGAGGAAGGGGUCAAGGCCGUGGCAGAAGCAACUAUAGAGGAAAUCAGCACCAAUAA